GUUGGAUCGGCGGAUAAAACCGUCCCUGGGCCGUUCUUGCCCCGGCUCAGGGCGAGCGGCCGCCGGUGGCGCUGAGGCUCGGCGCGCUUCUGUCAUGGACUACCGGCGGCUGCUGAUGAGUCGGGUGGUUCCGGGGCAGUUUGACGACGCCGACUCCUCGGACAGUGAAAACGUUGACUUGAAGACUGUCAAAGAGGAAGGUGAUAUUCUGUUUGAAGACCUUCAGAAUAACGUGGAUGAGAAGAUCGGUGAAGGUGAGAUGGAAAGGGAGGAAGAGGAGGAUUAUGACGACGAUGACUGGGACUACGACGAUGGAUUUGGAAAACUGGUCAGGUGCUCAGCCUCAGGUGGAGGGAGUAACCUGCAGGCAAAUCGACAGACUCCCAGCUGCAAUUCAGCCAAAAUGUCUACUCCAUCAGACAAGGUCUUACGGAAAUUUGAGAAUAAAAUUAAUCUAGAAAAACUAUACGUUACUGAUUCUGUCAUAAACAAAGUCACGGGAAAGUUUAGACAAAAGGAAGCAGAUAUGUAUCGCAUCAAAGAUAAGUCGGACAGAGCAACUGUAGAACAGGUGUUGGAUCCCAGAACACGAAUGAUACUGUUCAAGAUGUUGACGAGAGGAAUCAUAUCAGAGAUCAAUGGCUGCAUUAGCACAGGGAAAGAAGCUAAUGUAUAUCAUGCUCGCACAGCAAAUGGAGAGAGCAGAGCAAUCAAAAUUUAUAAAACUUCUAUUCUGGUGUUCAAAGACCGGGAUAAGUAUGUCAGUGGGGAAUUCAGGUUUCGUCAUGGCUACUGUAAAGGCAACCCCAGAAAAAUGGUGAAAACGUGGGCAGAAAAGGAAAUGAGGAACUUAAUCAGGCUAAACACAGCAGAGAUCCCGUGCCCAGAACCUAUCCUGCUGCGAAGUCAUGUUCUCGUCAUGGGUUUCAUUGGCAAAGACGACAUGCCAGCGCCGCUCUUGAAAAACGUCCAGUUAUCAGAAUCCAAGGCUCGGGAGUUGUAUGCGCAGGUGAUCGAGUACAUGAGGAGAAUGUACCAGGACGCCAGGCUCGUGCACGCGGAUCUCAGUGAAUUCAACAUGCUGUACCAGGGCGGAGGCGUGUGCAUCAUUGAUGUUUCUCAGUCCGUGGAGUACGACCACCCGCAUGCCUUGGAGUUCUUGAGGAAGGACUGCGCCAACGUCAACGGUUUCUUUCUGAAGCAUGGGGUCGCCGUGAUGACUGUGCGAGAGCUCUUUGAAUUCAUCACGGAUCCGUCAGUUACACAUGAGAACAUGGACGCGUAUCUGGCAAAGGCCAUGGAAAUAGCAUCUCAAAGGACCAAGGAGGAAAGGUCCAGCCAAGAUCAUGUGGAUGAAGAGGUGUUUAAGCGAGCUUAUAUUCCUAGAACCUUGAAUGAAGUGAAGAAUUAUGAGAGGGAUAUGGAUAUAAUGAUGAAACUGAAGGAAGAGGACAUGGCCAUGAACACCCAGCAGGACAACAUUCUGUACCAGACUGUCACGGGACUGAAGAAGGAUUUGUCAGCAGUUCAGAAGGUCCCUGCACUCCUAGAAAAUCAAAUUAAGGAAAGUCAAGUUAAGGAAAAGACUUGUUCUGAUUCAGAAGAUGCCAGAAGCUCUCAGUGUUCUGACACAGACUCUGAAGACCAGGGAGACAACGCCUGCUCCAGGAAGCCCACUGCUGACCUUGAAGUUGAUAAAAAGGAAAGAAAAAAGAUGGUCAAGGAAGCCCAGAGAGAGAAAAGAAAAAACAAAGUUCCUAAACAUGUGAAAAAAAGAAAGGAGAAGACAGCCAAGACGAAAAGGGGCAAAUAG